AUGUCUCAUUCGAAUAAACAUAAAGACAAAGAAGGAUGCAGUUCAUCUGCUGAACGCACUGGACUGCAAAGAGGACAGCGGGCUGCAGACCAAUGCUUGGAUUACCAGCGAAAAUUAUGUCUAUGCACUGCUGACGGGGCCGUCCAGCCUGCCGAGGCUCAGAUCAUCAGUUACGGAAAAAAUUCCAACCCUGGAGAAUUUGGCAACAUGGCUCUACUUGGGUACGGCGAUGAUAAAACAAGACAAUGGUCAUGCGGAGGCAGCAUCAUCAGCGAUCGGUACAUCCUCACCGCUGGUCACUGCAUCAGUGGUAAACUGGGGAAAGUAAAGAUGGUAGCUCUGGGUGUGCUAGCCCGGUCAGAUCUUGAGAAAGAGGGGCUGAUAUUUGAAGUGAAGAGAAUCAUUCCGCAUCCUGAGUUCAAACCGCCCAGCAAGUACAAUGAUAUAGCUUUAUUGGAGGUGGACCGCGAAAUUCCAUUGACACGGAGUAUCCAGCCAGCCUGCUUGGAUGUAGACGAGAUGGACGACCAUCAGGGAGCAACAGCCACCGGCUGGGGCGCCCUGGAGUACGGAGAAGACAAUGCUGAUAUACUCCAGAAGACCAAGCUGUACAGAUUCUCUGAUGAGGAGUGCGCAGCCAAAUAUUCAGAAGGCAGGCUCUUGAGGUCCGGCAUCAAUCACAGCACGCAGGUCUGCUACGGACACCGGAGUCACCCUGCUGACACCUGCCAGGGUGACAGCGGUGGGCCUCUCCUAAUCCGCAACAAGUUCCGCUGUCUGCACUCCAUCAUUGGAGUCACAUCCUUUGGAUCUACCUGCGGGAUGGCAGGCGAGCCCGGGGUAUAUACCAAACUCAGUUCAUACUUGCCCUGGAUUGAGAGCAUCGUGUGGCCGUGA